CGUUGACUUUGGUGUUCCUUGGCGACUGUCCCCCCUCUUGCCUGCACGCCUGUCGAUCUGAUUGAUUCACUCUCUCUCUCUCUCUUGCUCUUGCUGGACGCUGCGAUCAUGUGCCUUCCUUGACUAUCCCCUCACCCCCCAUGACGCCCCUCCCACCACUCGCACCACUCUCCACGCCUCACCUUCCACAUCACUCCCGCCGUCCUCCAUCCCGCCUCGUCACUUCACCUCCUCUUCACCCUCCAACCUCCUACUCCUCCUCCCUCUUCCAUCACUUCCACUACCCAUCUUCUCUCCUCCAUUAUGGGUCGCUCAGUGCGCGAGAUCGUCCACCUCCAGACCGGCCAGUGCGGUAACCAGAUCGGUGCCAAGUUCUGGGAGGUCGUGUCCGACGAGCACGGCAUCCAGGCCGACGGCUCGUACAAGGGCACGUCGGACAUCCAGCUCGAGCGCAUCAACGUCUACUACAAUGAGGCGGCUGCUGGCAAAUACGUCCCGCGCGCAGUCUUGAUUGACCUUGAGCCGGGAACCAUGGACUCGAUCCGCGGCGGCCCUCUGGGCAGCCUCUUCCGCCCCGACAACUUCGUUUUCGGACAGAGCGGUGCCGGUAACAACUGGGCCAAGGGUCACUACACCGAGGGUGCCGAGCUCGUGGACUCGGUUCUUGACGUCGUGCGUCGCGAGGCUGAGGGGUGUGACUGCCUCCAGGGCUUCCAGAUUACCCACUCGCUUGGUGGUGGCACCGGUGCCGGUAUGGGCACCCUCCUCAUCUCCAAGAUCCGCGAGGAGUACCCCGACCGCAUGAUGUGCACGUUCUCGGUCGUGCCUUCGCCCAAGGUUUCGGACACCGUCGUCGAGCCCUACAACGCCACCCUCUCGGUUCACCAGCUCGUCGAGAACUCGGACGAGACCUUCUGCAUUGACAACGAGGCGCUGUACGACAUCUGCUUCCGCACUCUCAAGCUCACCACCCCCACCUACGGUGACCUCAACCACCUCGUUUCCGUCGUCAUGUCGGGCGUCACCACCUGCCUGCGCUUCCCCGGUCAGCUCAACUCGGACCUGCGCAAGCUCGCCGUCAACAUGGUGCCCUUCCCCCGUCUCCACUUCUUCAUGGUCGGCUUCGCGCCCCUCACCUCGCGCGGCUCGGCGUCGUACCGCGCCGUCUCGGUUCCAGAGCUCACGGCGCAGAUGUUCGACGCCAAGAACAUGAUGGCCGCCUCGGACCCCCGUCACGGCCGCUACCUCACCGUCAUGUGCAUCUACCGCGGCAAGGUCUCGAUGAAGGAGGUCGAGGACCAGCUCCAGACCGUGCAGCAGAAGAACUCGGCCUACUUCGUCGAGUGGAUCCCCGGAAACGUGGCCGCCGCGCAGUGCGACAUCCCGCCCCGCGGUCUCAAGAUGUCGUCGACUUUCAUCUGCAACUCGACCUCGAUCCAGUCCCUCUUCAAGCGUAUCGGCGAGCAGUUCUCGGCCAUGUACCGCCGCAAGGCCUUCGUGCACUGGUACACUGGCGAGGGCAUGGACGAGCUCGAGUUCUCCGAGGCCGAGUCCAACCUCUCCGACCUCGUCGCCGAGUACAUGCAGUACCAGGAGGCGUCGGCCGACGACGACCUCUACGACGACGAGGAGCUCCCGCUCGAGGGCGAGGAGGAGAUGAUGUAAGCCAAGCUGCAUUUGCCUGGUCUUGCCUCCCCCCUGUGGACAUCCUGUGCCCAUUCCCUCCAUCGACGACCCGGCGGCAGCCUUGUCGUCGCCCUCGUCGAUCCCCUACUUCGUAUCCCCUCCUCCCACUUCCCUCUUUUUACCGCCACGCCCGGGGCCUAGUUCCCGGUGUCUCGCGAUGAGACGGCGUGCUGCGAUCUAUGCCACAUAAUAGUGUAAUUGUUUGGAGCAUGGUUUGGCGAUGGCACUGACGACACGCGCUUGGUGCGGAAUGAUGAGGCAGGCGGAAAGUCCGUCGAGGACCCCCGACAAAGUGGACUUUAUCAGCUGCGGCACUGAUGCCGAUGCAGAACAUCAAGCUUUUGUUGAUCAGACUGCGUAGACGUCUGGUGACCAUCAGCGUUACUUAGUAACAGAUACGUGUAAAAGCCAAUGGCAUCACAAGCACAAGCAGUCGAGUAACAGUAACGCU